AUGACAUGUCAACAGUUAUCCCUAUCUUCAAAAAGGAUUGGGAAGUUGAGAGCAACUUUCCUGAAACCGCCUCGCCUGUGGCGUAGGCAUGAACUCAGCUUAUUCAUCAAGGGUCGCGUUUACAAUGCUGCGACUAUUGGGUGGAUAAUAUCCAGACCACGAAAACGGCUCGGGUCACCCCCCAAGAGUGUUGACGUUUCGAGGCCAACAGAUUUCUCUAAUACAUGGAUCAUCAUCGACAGUAUGACAUGUGAUACUUCACUGACGUGCAAUCAUGAUUUAUUUGAAAGCACUCUUGUGAAAAAGUGGAUGGGACAAGAUUUAAUGCAAGCUUAA